CGCUAUUAAAGCAUCAUCACACACAGGCUACGGAUCUACAGCAAACAUUGCUUGUCUGCCGGGAGGGUUAUGUCAUCAGCACAUGAGCGACGCAUAAAUGCGCUAUGACAAUGGAAGAGGAGUCAAGCGAUCAAGCGACAGAUUUACCUCCGCCCUACGCGCAUGAGGCAAUACCUGAUGGCUAUGUCAACCAGGCUUACACACAGAAUGAAAAACCUCCAGAAGACAAACCAGAGGAGCCACCGAAAGAGAAGUCCUCUGUGAAAGCAAAGAGCAAAGGCCUGUUCAGCAAAAAGGACAAAAAGCCAAAAGAGAAAAAAGAGUCAGAGAAAGCAGUUGGAUUUUUUCAGCUGUUUCGGUAUGCCACCUGUCCAGAGGUGUUGCUCAUGCUGAUUGGUCUGCUGUGUUCAGCUGCCCAUGGCAUCGCUUUACCUCUCAUGUGUGUGGUGUUCGGACAAAUGACUGACAGCUUUGUGAGCAGUGGGCAGAAGUAUAAUAUGACAGGCAACUUCACCUUUAACUUCACUUUGAACACUUCAGAGUGUUUGGCAGGUACUCCUGAAAUAGGCAUUGAAGAUAAAAUGACAAAACACGCUUAUUACUUUGUGGGGAUCGGGGGUGCGGUGUUACUCCUGGGCACUUUCCAGGUAAUGCUUUUCCUGUUGACUGCCACAAAGCAAACCAAGAGAAUUCGGGAUAAGUAUUUCCAUGCCAUCCUCCACCAGCAGAUGUCAUGGUUUGACACGCAUAAGAUCGGAGAGCUGAAUACCAGACUUACGGAUGAUAUAAACACAAUCAACGAUGGCCUCGGGGACAAAAUCUGUGUGUUCGUCCAGUUCUUCUGCACAUUUGUUGCUGGGUUUGUGAUCGGUUUUAUCUAUGGCUGGAAACUGACUCUUGUCAUACUUGCUGUCAGUCCGCUUCUCGCAGGAUCAGCGGCUGUUUGGUCUAAAAUUCUCGCCAGUCUGACCAGUAAGGAGCUGACAGCAUACGCAAAAGCAGGAGCAGUAGCUGAAGAGAUUCUGGUGGCCAUAAGGACUGUCGUGGCAUUUAACGGACAGAAAAAAGCAGUGGAUAAGUAUGAAGAGAAUUUGUUAGAAGCAAAGAACUUUGGAAUAAAGAAAUCUAUUACCACUAAUGUGGCCAUGGGGCUGACACAGUUCAUUAUAUUUGGCGCGUAUGCGCUGGCGUUUUGGUAUGGGACAAAACUGUCUGUGGACGAACCUGAGAAUUACACCAUCGGACGGGUCAUCACGGUUUUCUUCUCUGUGAUGAUUGGCGCAUUUUCUUUGGGCCAAGCAGCUCCAAACCUGGAGAGCAUUGCCAAGGCGCGGGGUGCUGCCUACGAGGUCUACAAAACUAUUGACAUGCCCCGUCCCAUUGACAGCAGCUCUAAAGACGGUCAUAAACCAGACAGUGUAAAAGGAGAUAUUGAAUUUAAAAACAUCCACUUCAACUAUCCCUCUAGAAAAGAUGUAAAGAUUUUACAGGGUAUGAGUCUGAAGGUUCCUCAUGGAAAGACCCUCGCUUUGGUCGGCGCCAGUGGCUGUGGGAAAAGUACGACAAUUCAGCUCCUGCAGCGAUUCUAUGACCCCGAUUCAGGAGAGGUGACUCUAGAUGGUCAUAAUAUCCAUUCUCUAAAUGUGUCCUGGCUGAGAGAGAACAUGGGCAUCGUAAGUCAGGAGCCUGUUCUUUUUGGGACCACCAUUGCAGAGAACAUACGCUACGGCCGCGAAGACGCCACCGAUGAGGAUAUUGACCGAGCCAUCAGAGAGGCCAACGCCUACGAUUUCAUUUCCAAAUUACCAGAUAAGCUGAACACUAUGGUUGGGGAGAGGGGGGCUCAACUCAGUGGGGGUCAGAAGCAAAGGAUCGCUAUAGCUCGAGCUCUAGUCAAAAACCCUAAAAUCCUCUUGUUGGAUGAAGCCACGUCUGCCCUGGACACCCAGAGCGAGUCCGUCGUUCAGGCGGCUUUAGACAAGGCGAGAGCAGGACGCACAACCAUUGUGAUCGCUCACCGCCUGUCGACUAUUUGCACGGCGGAUAUAAUCGCAGGCUUUAGCGACGGCCAGGUUGUGGAACAGGGCACACACAGAGAACUCAUGGCCAAGAAAGGAGUGUACUACUCUCUCGUAACGCAACAGACCUCUGGGGGACUCGACGAUAAUCUUGACGCCAAUGAGGAUGAUAUCCCGAAUCUCGCUUCCGAGGAAGAGACGGGGGAGGAAUCGACUGACACAGAGACUCCUGAGGGGGCGGUGGAGAUGAAAAUGGAGAACGGGACCCUCCGUAGAAGCUCCAGACGCAGCAGCGGACACGAGAGAAAGUCCUCGAGAAAGAAGUCCUCAAGGAAAAAUGAGGACAAAAAGAAAAAGGAAAACGUUGAAGAAAUCCCAUUCACCAGGAUUCUGGCUCUGAACAAGCCGGAAUGGCCUUACCUGCUGGUGGGCACGCUGUCCAGCUUUGUGGGUGGAGCUGUGUAUCCCUGUGUGGCCAUCCUGUUCGCCAAAAUCAUUGGUGUGUUUGCAGAGGUUGAUCCUGAAGUGAAGCGACAGAAAACUUUGAUGUUCUCACUUUUAUUUUUGCUAGUCGGAACGGUGGCAUUUAUCACAUAUUUCUUCCAGGGCUUCAUGUUUGGUAAAUCGGGGGAGCUUCUAACCAUGAGGUUGAGAAGUCAGGCUUUCAGCGCCAUGAUACGACAGGAGAUCGCCUGGUUUGAUGACAACAACAAUGCAGUGGGAGUCCUGACCACUAAAUUAGCCACAGAUGCGUCUCUGGUUAAAGGGGCAUCUGGUUCCAGAUUAGGAUUGGCUACAAACACUAUCUGCGCUCUUUGCAUUGCUAUCAUUGUAGCAUUUAUCCAUAGUUGGCAGCUCACCCUGCUCAUCCUUGCCUGUGUGCCCUUCCUCACGGGGGCGAACAUCGUACAGAUGAAAGCCAUGGCAGGACACGCCAACAAAGAUCAGAGUGCUCUGGAGUUGUCUGGCAAGAUAUCUACAGAAACCGUGGAGAACUUCAGGACAGUGGUCGCGUUAACCCGUGAAGAUGUCUUCUACCGCAAGUUUAAUGACAGUCUCAGUAUACCCUAUCGGUCUAGUUUGUGUAAAGCACCCAUCUAUGGCAUCACAUUUGCUAUUGCACAAGCGAUUCCGUACCUGGUUAAUGCUGCUAUAUUCCGUUUUGGAGCCUGGCUCAUUGCGCACUGUUACACAGAAUAUGAGAACGUCUUCUUGGUGUUUUCUGUGAUCGUCUUUGCUGCUAUGAACAUCGGUCAGUCGUCAUCAUUCGCUCCCGACUUCGCCAAAGCCAAAGCAGCAGCUGCACGGAUCCUAAAGCUGCUGGACAAGAAACCAGCCAUUGACAUCUAUGAUGAGUCUGGAGAUAAACCAUCUGACUUUUCAGGCAAUAUUGAAUUCCGUGAGGUGCAUUUCAUGUACCCGACCCGUCAGAACGUGAAGGUCCUGCAGGGUCUCAACGUGUCGGUGUAUCAGGGACAGACACUGGCUCUGGUGGGUGGCAGCGGGUGUGGAAAAAGCACAAGCAUUCAACUUCUAGAGCGUUUCUACGACCCUGCCGCAGGUCAAGUGUUAGCAGACGGGAUGGACACACGAAGGCUGAACCUGGCCUGGCUGCGCACACAGUUGGGUCUGGUGUCUCAGGAGCCCAUCCUGUUCGACUGCACCAUUGCCGAGAAUAUUCAGUAUGGGGAUAACAGCCGUGUCGUCAGCCAGGAGGAGAUUGAGGAAGCGGCAAAAAAAGCUAACAUACAUAGCUUCAUCAUUGGGCUUCCUGAUAAAUAUAACACUCGAGUGGGAGAUAAAGGCGCUCAGAUGUCUGGAGGACAGAAGCAGAGAAUAGCCAUCGCUCGAGCGUUGGUCCGCAAGCCAAAAGUUCUGCUUCUGGAUGAAGCAACAUCAGCCCUCGACACAGAGAGCGAGAAGAUUGUUCAGAAGGCUCUCGAUGGCGCUCGUCUUGGCCGCACUUGUUUCAUCAUUGCCCACCGCUUGUCCACUAUUCAGAAUGCUGACAUCAUCGUGGUCAUUCAGAACGGCACAGUUGCCGAGCAGGGUACACAUGCCCAACUCAUGGCUAGACAAGGGGCCUACUAUGCUCUAGUGAAUGCCCAAGUGUCUGCUCACUAACUUUUUCAAACAAAAUUAAAUAGUUUGCUGUAGCUAAAAAGAAGGCCUGUCCUCAAGAGGCAAAUAAUAUAUUUAAUAUUAUGAAGAACUUGUAAUGAGCUCUUUAGCUGUGCCUGGGUAAUUGAAACUGUACACUUUGGAAGUUUUUUAUUACUUUGUUACAGGUACUAUUCUUAUACAAAAUUACACUUUAUCAAUUGAUUUAUUUUUGUUUAUUCACAAAUUGUGUUUAUUUAUAUUAUAAGUAUUGUAAGUGUUAUAGUACAUAAGUGUUACUUUUUUCAACCUUGUCACUGCUUUAACAAGCAAUUAUAACACUUAUCUAAUGCUUUGCCUUUUUGUGCUAAUUGCACCAGUUACAACGGGUAUACCCUUAUAAUGUGAACAUCAGUUUUCUGAGUAUUUCGUGUAUGACGUCACCGCAUGGGGGCGCAGUGCACUCAUGGUUUAAACGUCCUGCGUCAUGUCGAACCGCUCAUUUUCAACACUGUUGUAACUUUGUCUUUAAUGGCAAGAGCAUUAUUAUUGGCGAUAUUAAUAUAUAUCGUAUAAUGUUAUCGAGAUGUUCAAGCUUCUUAUAAGAUUUUUAUAAUUUAUAAUUAUCCAUAUAGCGGCUUUGAUUUUAUUUAUAAAUAAAAUUAAUGAUCUUGUUUGAACGUGAAUUACAACAUUAUUCGAUGUUUUUUAUUCA